AUGGCAUGGAAGAAGAUCUCUUUGAGCUUUGCAGGUGUCUUUUUUGUUUUGGCGAGUCUUGCUUCUGGCUUCCCUGUUCACAGAGGAUGGAGUGAUUGGAGCGAAUGGCCCGACUAUUUCCAAACAUUGCUACCGGCAUUAGCUGAUGCUCUCAUAGGAGUUGGACCAACAGAUCCGGUCCAUGAAGCUAGUCCUUCUUGGAGUUCCCUUGUAGAACCGUCCGAAAAGAGCCCAUUCUCUUUCGUUGAAUCUAGCUCGUUUGAAUCUCACGUACGACCGAUAGAAGUCAUCCAAACUACCGCAAAGGCACCCGAAGAGAGCCCUGUUCCCAUGUUUGAAGAUCUUGCACGACUGGUAGAAGUCAUCCAAACUCCCGCAGAGGUCGAAAAUCAUAGCGGAUUAUUGGGUUCGGCAGGUGGAAAUGGAAAUAUCACGUAUGAGAAUGUACCCUACACCAUCAUAAAACAGCUAAUCCACGUUGACUCAUCGGGUGGACACACAAGGAUAUCCACAGCAUGAUUUAAAGAUACUAUGUCCCUUUUGCAGCCAACAUCAAAUUCUGUAGAACUUUGCAUACGUCUGGGGCAUGUGAAUAAAGUCACCAACGGCCUUCCAUACCUACACCAUCAGAAAACAGCUGAUCCAUGUUGACUCAUCAGGUGGACACACAAGGAUAUCCAAAGCAUGAUUUCAUGUGGCUAUCCCUAAUCUUGAAACAAAAGAAAAUACAGUUAACACGAUCGCAAAUACUUGCGAAGCAAUUUCCGUA